UAAGAGUCAUCCAAAAUAUCAAUUUUAUAGAUAAAAUAUGGUCGGUUGGUUCUCUAGUAAAUACAUUUCUGCCACCUUGAGAUCCGUGCCAAUACUCAUUUCCAUCACUAUUACUUUAAUGGCUGCUCAUUAAUUCUUGCUUUUUCUACCAACUCCUCUAGCUCCAGAAACCACAACAGACACAAAAAUGGGAACCACUUUUACAACAAAGCCUAACCUUGAUUCAUUGAAUGAUCGCAAAAAAUUUGAUGAAACCAAAGCUGGUGUCAAAGGACUUGUUGAUACAGGUAUUAACAAGAUCCCAAGCCUAUUCCAUCACAAACCUGACAAAUAUCAGAAAUCCAACAACAAAAACCAUGUUAUUCCUGUCAUAGACCUUGUAGAUGUUGAUAAUAUUAAAGAUCCAACUAUUCACCAAGGUAUUGUUGACAGAAUCAAAGAAGCAUGUGAAACUUGUGGUUUUUUUCAGGUUGUUAAUCAUGGAAUUCCUUUGACUGUUCUUGAAGAAAUGAAAGAUGGUGUCAAGAGGUUUCAUGAGCAAGAUAUUGAAGUCAAAAAAGGUUUCUAUACAAGAGAUCAGAAUAAGUCAUUUAUUUAUAAUAGCAACUUUGAUAUCUAUAGUUCACCAGCACUCAAUUGGAGAGAUACUUUUAAGUGUUACUUGGCUCCUGAUACUCCCAAACCACAAGAUUUGCCUGUAGUCUGCAGAGAUAUACUACUUGAAUAUGGGAAGCAUAUGAUGAAAUUAGGGACUCUACUGUUUGAACUAUUAUCUGAGGGUUUAGGUUUAAAUCGAAACCAUUUGAAUGAUAUGGAAUGUGCUAAAGGAAUAAUUGCUCUUUGCCAUUACUAUCCACCAUGUCCUCAACCAGAAUUAACUAUUGGAACACCAAAACAUUCUGAUAAUGAUUUUUUCACGGUGCUUCUACAAGACAAUAUUGGUGGCCUUCAAGUUCUUUAUCAAGAUAAUUGGAUUGAUGUAAAACCUGUGCCCGGAGCUCUCAUAGUUAAUAUUGGAGAUCUUAUGCAGCUUAUAACAAAUGACAGAUUCAAGAGUGUUGAACAUAGAGUACUUGCGAAUCGUGUUGGUCCAAGAGUAUCUGUUGCAUGUUUUUUCCAAACAGGUUAUAGGUCAUCCUCAAAAGUCUAUGGACCUAUUAAGGAGCUUUUAUCAGAAUACAAUCCUCCCAAAUACAGAGAGACCACAGUUGCUGAAUAUGCAGCAUACUAUGAUACAAAAGGACUAGAUGGUGUUUCUGCUCUUACACAUUACAAGAUUUGAAUCACAGAAUGUGCAGCUUGUAAAAAACGAAUUGCGGAAUGUUCUGUAACUUUUUUAAUACUCACAGAAGUUUGCUUUUUCUUAGCAUGUUAGUAUAAUUCCAUUCCAGUAUUUAAAAUCACUUUUGGGACUUUAA